AUGACAGAGCCUUCUGCUCUGCCUAGAAGUCACGGUCGUAUCAAGCCCAAAGGGCUAUCGCUUAUUUCAUUUAAUAUUCGCGGAUUGCGUAAUAAUCUCCCAGAGCUUAAGCUCUUCCUUAAAGAUCGCGAAGCUGAUUUUCUCCUCUUACAGGAAACCAAUCUUAAACACACAGACAAUAAAGGCUUAUCCAUUAAAAAUUAUUCUCUUCUUCGUAAUGAUAGGCACGACCGCCGAGGCGGCGGCACGGCCAUUUAUUACAAGAAGACACUACAUUGCUCUCUUAUUGAUACUCCACAGCUUACCAAUAUGGAAGCUACGUUAUGCAGGAUAUCUAUGACGGGACAUCAGUCUUUAGUCAUAGCCUCCUGUUACAUUCCCCCUAAAAACCUCCCCCUCAAAGAUGAUUUUGAGGCAAUCUUAUCUCAAAGUAAUUCAGUCAUUAUGUUUGGAGAUUUCAACUCUAAACAUACUGAAUGGACAUGCCGUACGAUUAAUACUAAUGGUAGGAUACUGCGUGAUAUAACGCAGUCUCUUGACUUAACCGUUUUCAGCCCGCUCGGUGCAACGCACUAUCCCGAUAAUACCGAUUAUAACCCAGAUGUACUAGAUUUUGCGUUACUCAAAGGAGUUUCACUCAACCUCAGGUCUAUUGAGACACUAGACGAUAUAGGAUCCGAUCACCGACCGGUCUCUCUUAUUCUUGGCCAUCAGCCACCCCCUAUUAUAACUACGAAAACCUUCACUAACUGGAAGGGUUUCAAGGACUCACUAGCAAAAGCUAUGGACUCGCAUGACUCCCCUAAUUACCUAUCGUCGGACUUAGACUUAGACAGUCCUGUAAAAAUCGAUACCGCGGUCGAAUCACUUUCAACCCUAAUUAAAUCCUCCCUUAAGGAGAAUGAAAGGGUCGUUCCGGUUGCUAAUACUAAUGGGCUUCCCCUAUAUAUUAGCAACAUAUUAAAAGCUAAAAAAGCUGCUUUCCGGAGAGCAGCUAAAUAUCCCACCCCCGAAUAUAGGCAUACGGCUAAUCGUCUUCAACGAAAACUCCGUUCGCACCUUUAUGAAUUUCGAGAGCUCCAAAGGAGUGAACUCAUGGAGAAUAUAUCUCCCUCACAUACAGCGUACUAUCAGAUGGCUAGAGCCCUCCGUAUAGACGCUACAACUCACACUCCCCCUCUCUCCCGCCCCGACGGUACGGUUGCCUUCGAGGACGACGAGAAGGCUGAGUGCUUUGCAGACAGCAUUGCCGCACAAUGCUCUCCUAGCUCUCAACCUGUCGACCCCUCACAUAUUCAGGAAGUGGAGGAUGAGGUCCGCCGCCGGAACUCACCCCCCACAACCUCUGACCCUAUCACUGUGUCCAAUGAUGAGAUCUCGUCCCUCAUCAAAGGACUUAAGCCCAAAAAAUCUCCGGGCGCGGAUGGCAUAUCCAACCAAGCCCUUAAAUACUUUCCAGAGCAGGUGUUAACCCUCUUAGCUAUUAUCUUUAACGCCUGUUUUAAUCUUAGUUACUUUCCCACUUCUUGGAAAGAGGCAAUUGUCAUUGGUAUUCCCAAGCCAGGCAAGCCUCUUAACCUCCCCUCCAGUCAUCGUCCCAUUAGCCUCCUAAAGGCCAUGGGCAAACUCUUUGAAAGAGUCAUUCAAAAUCGAAUGAGGCGCCAUCUGUUUCCCACAGACGGUGACCCCAUUGUCAUCCCACACCAAUUUGGUUUCCGCGCAAAACACUCGUGUCCACAACAGGUACACCGCAUUGUGGAAUAUAUCCUCAGCGGUUUUUAUCCACGUCGACUAAAGACAAUCGCGGUCUUUUUCGACAUAGCCAAAGCCUUCGACCGAGUCUGGCAUGAAGGCCUUAUUUUCAAAUUAUAUAGGAUAGGACUCUCCGAUCGUCUAGUACGUCUCGUAGCCUCUUAUUUACAACAUCGUACCUUUCGUUUUAGACACGAAGGCACGUUAUCCUCUCAGCGCCCCAUUAAAGCUGGUGUUCCUCAAGGAUCAGUACUAGCUCCCCUCCUGUACAUCUUGUACACCAACGACAUUCCUAUCCCGUCGAAUGGUGUACAGCUCUCACUCUUCGCAGAUGACACUGCACUAUACUUCAAAAGUCCUAGAAUAUCUUCAGCAAGGAACAAGAUCCAAAAGUCAGUUGAUGACCUAGGAGACUGGUUCCAAAAAUGGCGUAUCGAUGUGAACCCGGAGAAGAGCUCCGCAGUUCAAUUCGAUAUUAAAAGACGCCGUAAUAAAAACAAGAAAAAUACUCCACCUAUACGAAUGCUAGGGACCCCUGUCCCAUGGCACAUGUCAGCAAAAUAUUUAGGCGUCACCCUUGACUAUAGGCUUACUUUUGAGUCUCAUGUCAAAAGAGUAACGCGUCUAGCACGUUUCUAUUUAGGUCGGCUUAACAGUAUGUUAGGCAGACAUAGCAAAAUGUCACUACGAAAUAAGCGAACCCUCUAUAAGGUUUGUAUACGACCGGUUAUGACUUACUCGGCUCCUAUUUUUGCACACGCUAACGAUAAAAUUAUUAACGAACUCCAAGUAGUUCAAAACCUCUUCUGUCGUCGAGCUACGAACGCACCUUGGUACGUCCGUAAUGCCGACCUUCACCGGGAUUUAGAAAUCCCAACAAUCCAGCAAUGUCUUAAAAAAUUCUCUGAAAACUUCUUUAAAGUAUCAGAGUCGCAUACUAACACACUUAUUCGUGAGGCAGUUACUUAUACCGCCCCACUCCCUUCUCGCUAUAGCGUCCGCAGGCCGAGAAACACUCUCUUGGACCCGCCAAAUAAGUUGUCAAACGACCUGAACUGCCUCCUGGCGGCUCAGGCCAAUCCUAAUUAA